UUUUUCUACAAUAAUUUAAUACUUAUUAUUAAAAUAAAUAAUAAACACGCUACUCAAAAAACUGUAUUAAGCUAAUUAAUUAAUUAAUUAAUUAAUUAACUAUAAAAAUAUUAAUUAAUAAUAUUCGCAAAAAUAAUAUUUAGACGAAGGCAGAAGCAGGUACAAGGAAAGACUUCUCUCAAGCCUCUCCAGAAAACAGUGUGUCAACCAUAAAGUUGGUGAUAACAAAUUUAUAAAUACAUGUUGUUAAUUACCAUAAAGCAUAAAAAAAAUUACCUGAAGUUGCUCAUUUGUCUCUUAAGUUCAGUUUUCAUGAAAAACGACAGUCGCGCCUUAAAAAUCAUCACCCCCCACUUUUUCUAUGUUCACAAUUACAAUCUACAAUUCAGUAUCGGUUUACGUUAAAAAAAAUUUUUAGGUUAAAUUUGCCGUAGAUGUCAGAAUGUAAAUGUGCAUAAAUAUUGCGAUAAAUUGUUUGGAAAUUUUUGCAAAAAAUGUUACACAUUCCAAAAGUGAAAUUACUAAACUAUUGAAUGGAUAGUAUUAAAAAAAAAAUAAGUUUUUUGUAUUAUGAAAAAUUGGCCUUUAAUACUGAGCAAGAUGAUAUUUGAUUUGUUACGGAAUCUUUUUAGCUGGGCUGAGAAUAAAACCCGAAAACGGCGUGCUCAUUUUGAGCCCUCGCCAUUUGAUUUUGAAGAGGACGAAGAUUUUUACAGUGUGCCAACAAAGCGGCACUGUUGCGAUCACAUAAUGCGAAACGGACACGAAGUAAUUGAAGUCGAGGACGACGAUGAUGAUAUUAUUGAAAUCCGCGAAAAAAAUGGUACUAAAAACGCGACUUACAAGCCAGCGCGAAAAGUUCCACUAAAUAUCAAUCGGCAUUUAUAUCUUCGUCACAAAAAUGAGACAGCUGCUUCUAAAAAUCAUUUAUUUAAUCAAGCUAGACAACUUUCAGCUUCUAAAUUCAUCAAAAGACACCUUAAAAAUUCCUCACAAAAUGGAAAAUCCCGCAACGCGGCUCUUAGUGAAUCCUACCGGCUGCAAGAUAAAGAAAAAUACGGGCAGCUGCUUCAAGAUUUUCUUCCUCAGACAGUUCAAAUCUCGAAACAAAAAGAAGUUCGCCGGAACCAGCCGCAGAACAUCGAAGUUGUCGACGUCGAAAAUGAGCAGUCUUCAAUUAAAACUCCGGAGAUUUUUUCCACUCCAAAAUACGCGAGUCCGCGUUCACAGAGCCGCAGAUUAUCAACACCCGGGUCCAGCAGAUACUCAACCCCGGUCAACUCUUCAAUCUGGUUCACUCCAAAGCAACAAGACAGACAAAAAUCCAUCGAAGAAAUAAAACUAGACAGCGAUGAAAGUUCUGCUGAAUCUUCUCACUCUGUAUCAACAAAAACUAAAUCAGUUCCACCAAAAAUAUCAAUCACUCCAUCAACUCCCAGAGAGAUUGUAGCUACUAACACUUUGCGUGAUAAAUUAUCAGCACAUAAUGUAAUUAAAAAAGACUAUGUCUCGCGCAUCAACAACACUUACAAUGAACGCACCGAGCAGCGUCACAGAGAAGCUGAAGAGAUGAAACGCAUGGCUAAUAUUUUGUCCAAGCAAAAUCGCCUUACCCGAGAAAUUGGUCUGGAACAGCAGCUACAGCAGUCGAUGAAAAUAGCUGAAGAAAUUUUAGUUGAAGAUGACUAUGAUGAAGAACCAUCGUUGCCAGAAUUGACUGACGAAAUGCUUGAUCAAGUGGCUAGAGCAUUGAAUCCUAAUCCGCCUAACCAAGUACUUGUUGAGAGCUUUGGAUUACGAAUCACUCGCAAAGAUAUUCAUACUUUAGCAGGCCUUAAUUGGCUCAAUGAUGAAGUCAUUAAUUUCUAUAUGAACCUACUGAUAGCUCGCGGAGGCACGGAUAAAUUCCCACCCGUUCAUGCUAUGAAUACAUUUUUUUAUCCUAAAUUGUUGUCAGGAGGACAUGCGUCGCUUAAACGCUGGACUAGAAAAAUAGAUAUCUUCGCGAAAGAUAUCGUAGUUGUUCCUAUUCAUCUGGGUGUUCAUUGGUGUAUGUCGAUUAUAGAUUUUAGGGAGAAGUCUAUAAGAUACUACGACAGUAUGGGUGGAGAAAAUCCUAAAUGUUUGUACGCGUUGAAACGAUAUAUUGAGGAUGAGAGUUUGGAUAAGAAGAAACAAAAGUAUGAUACAAGUGAUUGGAUACUUGAGAGUAUGAAAGACAUUCCUCAGCAAAUGAACGGCAGUGAUUGCGGUGUUUUCUCGUGUACUUUUGCUGAGUUUAUUUGUGCAAACAGAAAACUUAACUUUUCUCAAGAUAACAUGCCGUAUUUCAGAAAUAAAAUGGUUUAUGAAAUACUUAAUGUUAGACUUUUGUAAGAC